UCCUGGAGACUGGCUGAAUCCGGAAGUGAUCCCGGAGGACCGAGUUGCGGCGCAGGACCCCGGCGGACGGCCCGAGGUGGGAACCAUGAGCUGGAUUCCUUUCAAGAUCGGGCAGCCCAAGAAACAGAUUGUUCCCAAAACAGUGGAGAGAGACUUUGAAAGGGAGUAUGGAAAACUCCAGCAGCUGGAAGAGCAGACCAGGCGGCUUCAGAAGGACAUGAAGAAGAGCACCGACGCCGACCUGGCCAUGUCGAAGUCUGCCGUGAAGAUAUCCCUGGACUUACUCUCCAAUCCCCUCUGCGAGCAAGACCAGGACUUUCUGAAUAUGGUGACGGCCCUGGACACAGCCAUGAAGCGGAUGGAUGCCUUCAACCAGGAGAAGGUGAACCAGAUCCAAAAGACAGUGAUUGAGCCCUUGAAAAAGUUUGGCAGCGUCUUCCCGAGCCUCAACAUGGCAGUGAAGAGGCGGGAACAGGCCUUACAGGACUACAGGAGGCUGCAGGCCAAAGUGGAGAAGUACGAGGAGAAGGAGAAGACGGGGCCAGUGCUAGCCAAGCUCCACCAGGCGCGAGAAGAGCUGCGGCCAGUGCGGGACGACUUCGAGGCCAAAAACAUGCAGCUCCUGGACGAGAUGCCGCGCUUCUACAGCAGCCGCCUCGACUACUUCCAGCCCAGCUUUGAGUCCCUGAUCCGCGCCCAGGUGGUGUACUACUCGGAAAUGCACAAGAUCUUCGGGGACCUGACCCAGCAGCUCGAGCAGCCAGGCCACUCGGACGAGCAGCGGGAACGGGAGAACGAGGCCAAGCUGAGCGAGCUGCGAGCCCUGUCCAUCGUGGCGGACGACUGAGCUCGCGGCCCGCCGUCGGGGAAGCUGGGAGCGCGAGGGCGUCUCCCGGGCCGCACGAGGCGCAGCCCUGGCCCCACCGCCGGCAGCAGGUCAGCGACAGCGGUAGCCGGCUGCCAGACUCCAGCCCAAAGCCAGCGGUGCAGGAGAUUCCCCGGGGCUUUCCUUCCAGAACCGUCCAGAGCACACCAUGGGCUCAGCCCUCCCCAGGGCCGGGGCUGCCCCCACCACGGCACGGCAGGGGAGUCCACGGCCCCUCGGGCCCUCGACCGCGGGCAAGGCGCCCACGCGGCCCUGGGGGACAGGUUGCUCCCACCAGCUUGGGUGCCGGCUGAGCCCCACCCAGGCGGGUCACGGACUCCGUGGAACCGUGCUGCGCCCACCCCAGCCCCGAGGACAGGCUCCGUGGAACCGUGCUGCGCCCACCCCAGCCCCGAGGACGGACUCCGUGGAACCGUGCUGCGCCCACCCCAGCCCCGAGGACAGGCUCCGUGGAACCGUGCUGCGCCCACACCAGCCCCGAGGACGGACUCCGUGGAACCGUGCUGCGCCCACACCAGCCCCGAGGACGGACUCCGUGGAACCGUGCUGCGCCCACCCCAGCCCCGAGGACAGGCUCCGUGGAACCGUGCUGCGCCCACACCAGCCCCGAGGACAGACUCCGUGGAACCGUGCUGCGCCCACCCCAGCCCCGAGGACGGACUCCGUGGAACCGUGCUGCGCCACCCCAGCCCCGAGGACAGGCUCCGUGGAACCGUGCUGCGCCACACCAGCCCCGAGGACGGACUCCGUGGAACCGUGCUGCGCCCACCCCAGCCCCGAGGACGGACUCCGUGGAACCGUGCUGCGCCCACCCCAGCCCCGAGGACGGACUCCGUGGAACCGUGCUGCGCCACACCAGCCCCGAGGACAACAGUGGGGCGCGUGGCUCACCUGGGCAUUUGGAAUUUUAUUUUUUCAAGUAAAGUUUCCAGAAAAACA